CGAACACUCCCCGCCCCGGCGGAUCACGUCCGCAAAGGCCUGAGGGAGACGGAGAGAAUCGAAACAGAAACCCAAGUCCGGCAAACUACAAGAACCGCCCGGCGCAAAGCGGGGCUCAAAGCUCCCACCGCGGUUGGCAGAGGCGGCGUCUUGGUCGCCCGCGGCGGCGAGCGCAGCCGGGAGUCGGAGCGGCGCGCCUGCCCGUCUGUGCGCCCGCCGCCCGCAGCUUCUCGCCGGCGCGCCCGCCACCUAACCACCCGCGCCUGCCCAGGUGCGACCCACCGAGCCCCCGCGCGCCGCCCUGGGGGUCCUGCGGACCACCCGCUCCGCCCGGCCCAGAGCUGCGGACCCUGCGGGCUUCCAAGCCGCCCGCGGGACGCACAGCGCACCUGCUGAGCAGAGAACAGCAAGCUGUCGGUGUGUUAGGGAGAAUCCUCUCCCUUGGCUGAGCACGAACGAAAGAUGUCGAACGGCUACUCGGCAGACAAGAGUUUCCGCUAUCUCAUCUCGUGUUUCAGGGCCAGAGUGAAAACGUACAUCCAGGUGGAGCCCGUACUGGACUACCUGAACUUUCUGCCCGAGGAGGUGAAGGAGCAGAUUCAGAGGACGGCCAUCAACGCUGGGAACAUGCAGGCAGCUGAUCAACUUCUGAGCACUUUGGAGAAGGGAGGCUGGCCCCCUGGCUGGACCAGACAAUUUCUGGUGGCUCUUCAGAGAGCAGGCAGCGUUUUAGCCGCCCGCUACCUGAACCCGGAGCUCACCGACUUGCCUUCUCCAUCCUCUGAGAACGUUCAUGAUGAGUGUCUCCAGCUACUGAACCUCCUCCAGCCCACGCUGGUGGACAAACUUCUGGUUAGAGAUAUCUUGGACAAGUGUGUGGAGAAGGAACUGUUGACAAAUGAAGACAGAAACCGGAUUUCUGCUGCAGAAAGCAAUGGAAAUGAAUCAGGUGUAAGAGAGCUACUGAAAAGGAUCGUGCAGAAAGAAAACUGGUUUUCUGCAUUUCUGAUUGUUCUGCAUCAAACAGAAAACCACGCCCUUAUCCAAGAGCUAACAGGCACCACUUGCUUUGAAAGCAAUGCAGAGACUGAGAACUUAUCCCAAGAAGGUGGCCCCGACAUUCAAGAGGCAGUUCUUUUAGCCACAGGUCAACCAAGUCCAGAGAGAGAGGGCUGGGACGAGGAGAGUGAUUCGCUGGAAUCGUCUUUGGUGGAUUCUUCUGUUGUUUCAGAAUCAGACACAAGUUUGGCAGAAGGAAGUGUCAGCUGCUUAGAUGAAAGUCUUGGACAUAACAGCAACAUGGGCAGUGAUUCAGGCACCAUGGGAAGUGAUUCAGAUGAAGAGAAUGUGGCAGAAAGAGCAUCUUCUGAGCCAGAACUGCAUCUCAGGCCUUACCAAAUGGAAGUCGCCCAACCAGCCUUGGAGGGGAAAAAUAUCAUUAUAUGCCUCCCUACAGGGAGUGGGAAAACCAGAGUGGCUGUUUACAUUGCCAAGGAUCACUUGGACAAGAAGAAAAAAGCAUCUGAACCUGGAAAAGUUAUAGUCCUUGUCAAUAAGGUGCCACUGGUUGAACAGCUCUUCCGCAAAGAGUUUGAACCAUUUUUGAAGAAAUGGUAUCAUACAAUUGGAUUAAGUGGAGAUACCCAAUUAAAAAUAUCAUUUCCAGAAGUUGUCAAAACCUAUGAUGUUAUCAUCAGUACAGCUCAAAUCCUUGAAAACUCCCUUUUAAAUUCAGAAAAAGGAGAAGAUGAUGGUGUCCAGUUUUCAGACUUUUCCCUCAUCGUCAUUGAUGAAUGCCAUCACACCAACAAAGAAGCAGUCUAUAAUAACAUCAUGAGGCGUUACUUGAAACAGAAGUUGAAAAACAAUAAACUCAAGAAAGAAUGCAAACCAGUGAUUCCUCUACCUCAGAUACUAGGACUAACAGCUUCACCAGGUGUUGGAGGAGCCAAAAGGCAAGCUGAAGCCAAGGAACACAUUUUAAAAAUAUGUGCCAAUCUCGAUGCAUGUACCAUUAAAACUGUGAAAGAAAAUAUUGAUCAACUCAAAGACCAAAUAAAAGAGCCAUGCAAAAAGUUUGCAAUUGCAGAUGACACCAGAGAAGAUCCAUUUAAAGAUAAACUUUUAGAAAUAAUGAACAAGAUUCAAAGUUUUUGCCAAAUGAGUCCAAUGUCAGAUUUUGGAACUCAACCCUAUGAACAAUGGACCACUCAAACGGAAAAAAAAGCUGCACGAGAAGGAAAUCGCAAAGAACGUGUUUGUGCAGAGCAUUUGAGGAAGUACAAUGAGGCCCUACAAAUUAAUGAUACAAUUCGAACAAUUGAUGCAUAUAAUCACCUUGAAGCUUUCUAUAAUGAUGAGAAAGAGAAGAAGUAUGCGGUCCAAGAAGAUGAUAGUGAUGAGAGUGGUGAGGAUGGUGAUGGUGAUGGUGAUGAAGAUGAAGAUGAUGAAAAGAAACCUUUGAGCCUGGAUAGGACAGAUAGAUUUCUCAUGGAUUUAUUUUUUGAAAACAGGAGACUGUUGAAAAAGCUGGCUGAAAACCCAAAACAUGAAAAUGAAAAGCUGACCAAAUUAAGAAACACCAUAAUGGAACAAUAUACAAGGACUGAGGAAUCGGCCCGAGGAAUAAUUUUCACAAAAACAAGACAGAGUGCAUAUGCCCUUUCUCAGUGGAUUACUGAAAAUAAAAAAUUUGCAGAAGUAGGAGUCAAAGCCCAUCAUCUGAUUGGAGCUGGACACAGCAGUGAGUUCAAGCCCAUGACACAGAAUGAACAAAAAGAAGUCAUUAGUAAAUUCCGCACAGGAAAAAUAAAUCUGCUCAUCGCUACCACAGUGGCUGAAGAAGGUCUGGAUAUUAAAGAAUGUAAUAUCGUUAUUCGUUACGGCCUCGUCACUAAUGAAAUAGCCAUGGUCCAGGCCCGUGGUCGAGCCAGAGCUGAUGAGAGCACCUACGUCCUGGUUGCCCACAGUAACUCAGGAGUUAUUGAACGUGAGAUAGUUAACGAUUUCCGAGAGAAAAUGAUGUAUAAAGCUAUAGACCAUGUUCAAAAUAUGAACCCAGAGGAGUAUGCUCGUAAGAUUUUGGAAUUACAGAUGCAAAGUAUAAUGGAAAAGAAAAUGAAAAUCAAGAGAAGUAUUGCAAAGUACUGCAAGGAAAACCCAUCAUCAAUAAAUUUCCUCUGCAAAAACUGCAGUGUGCUAGCCUGCUCUGGAGAAGAUAUCCACGUUAUUGAGAAGAUGCACCACGUCAACAUGACACCAGUAUUCAAGGAACUCUACAUUGUGAGAGAAAACAAAGCACUACGAAAGAAAUUUGUAGACUAUCAAACAAAUGGCGAGAUUAUCUGCAAAAAAUGUGGCCAAGCUUGGGGGACGAUGAUGGUGCACAAAGGCUUAGAUUUGCCUUGUCUCAAAAUAAAGAAUUUUGUAGUGGUUUUCAAAAAUAAUAUGCCAAAGAAACAAUACAAAAAGUGGGUAGAAUUACCUAUCACAUUUCCCGAUCUUGACUAUUCACAAUAUUGUUUGUGUAGUGAUGAAGAUUGACAUUUGAUUUGAGAACCUUUAAAAAUAUUAUCAACUUAACAUUUAAUAUGAUACUGAUAUAACAUUUUUACUAUACUCCAGAACUGAUGUGAGGAUUAAUAAAAUUAUUGCUUUACUCUCUGUUGAGCUGCAUGGAGGAAGAUAAUAUGUUUUCAAGAAUCUAUCUUGUUGGUGGGCAGGGAUAAAGAAUACUCACCAAUAAUAAUUAGUGUGGAGCAUUACGGUAUGUGGAAAGAAUGCUGGAGUAUAAAUGAGGAUCCAAGGUAUCGCUAUCAGUCCUGUCACCAAUCUUCAAAAUAAAAUUAACCAAAUCAGUUCA